CCUCGUGCUAGAGGGCAGGCGCCGGCCCGCUGGCGGCCAGCACAAGAUGGCGGCGCUCCGCAAAAAGUGGUCCGAGCUGUGCCGGCUGGUGCAGGCGGAGUCUGCGACUGCGGCCGCGGCUGCGGCCACGGCUGCGGCCGAGGCCGGGCUGGGGCCGUGCUACCCGCCCGUGGUUGCGUCCGUUACGGCCAAGAGCAAGGCGGCGCAGCGGCGGCGCCAGGAGCUGUUCCACCAGCUGCUGCACGAGGCGGACUCCAUCGAGAAGAAGCUGAAGUUGUACGAGCAGCGCCAGCGCCGCAAGUUCAUGCUGUACCCGCAGACCUUCUCGCUGUACGCCGACCGCAGCUACCAGAGCUUCACCAAGACCGCCUUCGUGCCCGGCCUGCCGCCCGCCCUCUGGGCCCCCGCCGACCUCGGCCUCGGCCUCGACCUUGACCUCGGCGCCCUGCGCGGCCUGGCCUGCGACGCGCUGCUGCAGGAGCACUUCUACCUGCACCGCGAGUCCGUGCGCGGCGUCCCCCCCCACCAGUCUCUGUACGGGCCUUUCCUCACGCAGCUCGUCGCCUCCCUCAGCGCCCGGUUGGCCCUACACAACCCGCUGCUCGCCGCCUCCACCCUCGACUUGCAGCCACAGGUGAACUUCUAUUGGAUGCGAGGGGAAGAGGUCAUUCGUCAUGGACACCGAAGCGGAAGAGUUGAUCCAGUGCGAUUUCAGAUAGAUGACAAGCCAGUUGUUCAGAUUCGUGUGCCAAAGCAGCUUCCGGAGUUUGUACCUUUGGAUCAUUUAGUCACUGAAGAAAUUCCUGUUAUUAAGCACACACCAGACAAACUUCCAAUGUUCAAAAGACAAUAUGAAAACAAGGUAUUUAUAGGAUCAAAGGUAGCGGAUCCCUGCAAAUACGGACACACACAAUUUCAUUUGAUUCCUUAUCGAUUGACAAGGAAGAAAUUAAUAAAAAAAAAUCUUGCUCAUCAAGUUGAAGUUGUUAACCGAGCUAAUGGUAUUGCAAGUCUCUUUGCUUGGACAGCAGCACAAGCUAUGUAUCAAGGCUUCUGGAGUGAGGCUGAUGUAACCCGUCCCUUUGUAUCACAGGCUGUGGUCACUGAUGGACAAUAUUUUGCUUUCUUUUGUUACCAGCUGAAUACCUUAGCGCUUACAGUUGAAGCUGAUAAAAAUAACCCUCGGAAGAAUAUCUGUUGGGGAACAGAUAGUAAGCCAUUAUAUGAAGCAGUGGAAGAAAAUAAUAUAAAAGGCUUUAAUGAUGAAGUUCUGCUUCAAUUAGUUCAGUUUCUGCUAAACAGACCUGAGGAUUUGCAAACUGAUAGACUACCACUUGCCUCAGCCUAGGAUUGAUCUAAAAUUGAAUGGAAACACUUUGCAGGAGGAGAAAACCUUUCAAAGUUAUUUCUGCCAACUUAUGUGCAUAUUAUAUUGUAUUAAAGAAAAGUGUUCUGAAA